AAUUUCAUGAUAUUCCUAACAAAAUAAUUACAUUUUGGAUUCAAGGUUCAUCUUGCAGGGAGUUAAAAUUGCCCAUUUGCCCAUGUUUUUCCCCGUUCCAUGGGGCUCUCAGCUGCAGGUUUGAGUGCUCAGACUGAGGCAAGACACUGACAAGGAGAUGCCGUCAGCUUAUCUUCCUGGGACUCCAGGCAGCCAUCCUAGCAGCCUCCUUCCUCUUCUGGAAUGUGCAGCGUGGGAGCAGAUGAGGAAAUUGGCCAGGGAGUUACAUCCAGUGAGCUGUGAUUGAGCCACCACACUCCAUCCUGGGUGACAGAGGGAGACCCUGUCUCAAACAAACAAACAAACAAACAAAAAAAACCUAAAUUUAAAAUUUAAAUAAAAAUGAAUGAAAAAUGCAUAUUGAGCCCAAGGAACAUGGACAGGAAGUAAAAGCUAGUAUAUUUGGAAACCCCUAAUAUAGAGACACACAGGCGUGUGGUUGUGUGUGCAUGUGUUGUGCACAUGUGUGCAUGCGUGUGUGCAGCACCACUAGAUGAGAAGCACCCCGGGAGGCCUGUGGGAACAAGCAGAAUCAGCCAGGCCCAUUUCAGACUUGACUGUAGAGUAGGUGGUAAUGUUCAGAUAAAUACAGUUAAGAGUUGACCAGAAGACCUUGGUGAUGGAAUUAAGUUUCCUUGUGGAAAGGAUGAAAGGUUGCUUUUCCAGUAGAACUUUGCAGACACUGACUGAAAUAGGAGUGCUCUUUUUGAGCGGCGAGGGCAGAGGCCUGCCUUACAAGAGCUGCAGAAUAUUGAUCCUGGAACAAGCAGUGUCCGCCCAGCUGGUUGUUACAGGAGAGCCCAGCUCGCAGACCCUGCUGUGCAGGAUGUGAUUGGCUUGUGAUUUGCUCGCUCUCUCCAUUUAGUUGUAAAUCCAGGAGCAAAGCAGAUUUGAUGCUGGAACCAAAAAGGAAAACAAUAUUUCAUUAGAAUGUUAUCGUCCAGGCAUUAAGAAUUAAAUUUGCUGGGUACGGUGGCUCACGCCUGAAAUCUCAGCACUUUGGGAGGCCAAGGCAGGAGUAUCACUUGAGCCCAGGAGUUUGGGACCAGCCUGGACAAUACAGCAAGACCCCAUUUCUACAACAAAUACAAAAAUUAGUGUGGUGGCAUGUGCCUGUAGUCUCGGCCACUCAGGAGGCUGAGGUAGGCAGAUCAGUUGAGCCUCAAAAAAACCCUAAAUUUAAAAUAAAAAAUGAAUGAAAAAUGCAUGUUGAGCCCAAGGAACAUGGACAGGAAGUAAAAGCUGGUAUAUUUGGAAACCCCUAAUACAGAGACCAAAUUAGCUGUACACAGACAUAUGUUACAUGUGUUAAUAAAUUCCGACAUGCAAAUGGCAGCUGCUAGAAUCUAGAAUGAAGAUGAUGUUCAAAGUAGAGUGAAGCUCAGAUGGUGACCAGAGGCAGGAAUGAUGAGACAGGAGAGUUUGGAAGCAGGAUGGGAGCAGAUUGUGGGAGAGUCUGAUGGCCAAAGUGAGCUACACCCAGGAUGCUUAGGUGGUGUGAGGCCCUUAGGUGAGAGAACGUCCUGCAUCCUGGUGAUGCAGGAGCAUUUGGGAGCUGACAGCAGCAUUGUGAAGUGGCCGAGGUUGGUCUGGGCCCCCUACUUAUUUUCUUGUGAUACUACUGAUACGGCUCACGAUGAGUGGAAGAACACCAGCGUUCUUGGUCCUCAUGCCAGUUUAGAUAAAAUGACAUGGACACACGUGGAGUGGCUUUAGGGAGCGGAGAGUUUAAUAGGCAAGAAGGAAGGAGAAGGCAGAAGGAAGAGGCUCCCCUGUACAGAGACAGAGGGAGGGGUAGCUCCAAAGCCAAAAGAAGAGGUCCUCAAGUGCGGUGGACACCAGCCAGGUAUAUGUGCAGAGGCUGGAGGAGGCGAUGUCUGAUUUGCAUAGGGCUCAGGAUUGGUUUGACCAGAACCACGUCGGGGAAGCUCUUCCCCCAGAGAUGGUCACCAGGCUGUACGAUGGCAUGCGGAGGGUCAACCUGACAGGGAAGGCGAAGGGACCCAGUGAGAACGUGUCCCAGGAGCAGUUCACAGCAUCCAUGUCCCACCUGUUGAAAGGAAACUCCGAGGAGAAGAGUCUCAUGAUUAUGAAAAUGAUUUCUGCCACAGAAGGUCCCGUGAAGGCCAGAGAAGUCCAAAAGUUUACAGAGGAUCUGGUUGGCUCUGUGGUGCACGUGCUAAGCCACAGACAGGAGCUGAGAGGCUGGACUGGGAAGGAAGCCCCAGGGCCCACCCCCCGGGUGCAGGUGCUGGCUGCUCAGCUGCUCUCUGAGAUGAAGCUGCAAGAUGGCAAGAGGCUUCUGGGGCCCCAGUGGCUGGACUGUGAUUGUGACCGAGCCGUGAUCGAGGACUGGGUGUUCACGGUCCCCCAUGUGGCCAUAUUCCUGAGUGUGGUCAUUUGCAAGGGCUUUCUCGUCCUGUGCCCGUCCCUUGAUCUGACUACCCUGGUCCCCGAGCGUCAAGUGGACCAGGGCAGGGGUUUUGAGAGCAUCCUGGAUGUCCUCUCUGUCAUGUACAUCAAUGCCCAGCUGCCUCGGGAGCAGCGGCACCGCUGGCACCUGCUCUUUUCAUCUGAGCUCCACGGACACAGCUUCUCCCAGCUCUGUGGCCACAUCACUCACCGGGGGCCCUGUGUGGCUGUCCUCGAGGACCAUGACAAGCAUGUGUUCGGUGGGUUUGCCUCCUGCUCCUGGGAGGUGAAGCCUCAGUUUCAAGGGGACAACAGAUGCUUCCUGUUCUCCAUCUGCCCCAGCAUGGCUGUGUACACACACACGGGCUACAACGACCACUACAUGUACUUGAACCAUGGACAGCAGACGAUCCCGAAUGGACUGGGUAUGGGGGGUCAGCACAAUUACUUUGGGCUUUGGGUGGAUAUUGAUUUCGGGAAAGGACACAGCAGAGCCAAGCCCACGUGCACCACGUACAACAGCCCGCAGCUGUCGGCUCAGGAGAACUUCCAGUUUGAUAAGAUGGAGGUGUGGGCGGUUGGAGACCCCUCAGAGGAGCAGUUGGCCAAGGGCAACAAGAGCAUCCUGGAUACAGACCCUGAGGCCCAGGCCCUGCUGGAGAUCAGUGGGCGGUCGCGCCACAGUGAAGGGCUCCGGGAAGUCCCGGACGAUGAAUGAGGAGCCGCCUGAGCCUUCCUGGAGCCAGGACCUGGAUUCCUCUGGGUAGAGGGCACCACCUGCAGCCCCUCUUCCCUCCCGAGUGGUCUAACUGUAAUAGCGUGCUGCACAGGUCACAGCCACGUAGUCCCAGAUGUGCCAAGAGGACGCCCUCUGAAGCCAUGUCCUGACUGAUGGGUGGAUCUCCCAGAAAUAGAUGUUUUUUAAAUUUUCUUUUUUGCCCUACAGGGUCACUCUCAGGAUCUCUCCGAGAAAUCUUAAGUGUCAAAUUAGUAACUCAGUCUUAUACUUUGUUCUUUUUUACCAAUGAAAUCCUAAGCAGCUGAGACCUUUCAGACCCCCGCUGGCAUUAGGGAAUUCCGCUGGCAUUAGAGAAUUCUGCUGGCAUUAGCGUUGCUGGGAGCGCAACUUCUCUAUUGAGGAGUGGGUUCCUCCCGCUGGGUUUCACAUGGCCUCACUCAGGCCAUCCCUGUUAGAAGCUGGUACCUGAUGGUCUGUUCUGACGGGUGAGGGACAGAGGCAUCUGGAUGAAAAUCUCGACACUUUCUGGGAACAGCUUCCAGUGGCAUGGUAGUUCUGUAUUUAAAAGCAUGAACUGUGUAUAAAAUGGGGAAAUGGAGGCAGGAGACUUUGAGGUAACAUGGUUUCGUGGUGGCAUGAGUCCUCAGAAGGUGUUUGUAAUUAAGGUUCCACACCCAGCUCUCUCAGCUGUUUUUAAAUGAAUGUGUGUGAUGAACAGAUGGGAAAGUUGGGAGAUCUGUCUACAGAGAAGCAAAGUUGUGGUUCUCUUGCUAACUUCAGGGUGAGGGACACCGGGCACACUAAGUUUGGGAACUUGGUUGAUAAAUACGUAUAUGGUCCCUUCCAUAAAUCAGUGGUGAGUGACUGGCCUGGGUUCUAGACCUCUGGGAACCAGCACCUGAGUCACAGCUGUCUAGGCCUCGGUGCUGGCCUGGGUUCUAGAUCUCCGGGAACCAGUGCCUGAGUCACGGAUGUCAGUACAGCUAUUUGCUCAGGGCUGCUCCCAAGGGGGUGAUGGGAAAUUCGGCAGUGUGGACUCACUUUAAACAAGCUCCAGUGAUCCUGAAACGCUGAAGAUCAUGUAGGGGGGUUGUGGGGUCAGCAGAGCUGCCAUCUGCCCACGUCUGGAAAACAAUACACAGUGAGUCACCGGUUGGCCACGAGAACUCCCCACUUAAAGGUGCUGUGAGCUUGUCUCUAAGAUACAUACCUCUUCCUUUUGUCUUUUGCCGUAAGCUUUGACCUUUUGCAGAUCUGAUGAAAAUACAACCUCUUAUUGUAUAGUUUGCCUUGAUUAUAAGCCAUAGUAAAUCUAGCUGUUCGCGUUUUUGCAGGCCCUGCAUUUUCUACUAGGAGGUUCAUCAAACCUUCCACUUAGCAAUAGCCCUGACUCAGGCAGAAUGCCUCGUAAAUUAGCCUUCAAAAGAAAAGUGCGCGCUCAGACAGUGUGUGGAGGGGCAGGAGCAUGAUGCAGACAAGGACUUAGUCAUGACUGAUUUUCCUUAGCCAGUUUUUUUAACGGCUUAUGGGGAACAUUGUGAUCGUCCUACCUGACGUGUUAGCAGAUGUAGAAUAUGAGGAUCCUCAAGCAUCUCUACCAUAAGUCUAAGGAAUUUAGGUCCCUAUUGUCACUUUGUUUUGGAAUGUUUUUUAUAAAAAUGCAAUUAAAUACCUCACUAUUAAACUGCCAUGAUGCCUCAGUUAAAAAAAAAA